AUGGGCGCUUUACCAAAACGAAUUCAUUCAAACUCAUCCUUGGCCCCUUUGUUGUCCUACUCAACCCUGCCACCGUUUGGGGCUGUCUUAUGCAAGGGAUCAGCUCGGCCUGCUGCGGUGGGCUAUCUCUAUACUGGCCCUUUUAUCGGCGGAACCCUCGGAGUCAUCUUGAUGGUGAUGACAUCCGAUCCGCUUUGCGGAUGGGUCGCCCGCAAGAACGGAGGCAUUUAUGAGCCUGAAUUCCGCAUCUACCCAAUUGUGAUCGCAGUUGCUACCGGCGCCAUCGGCCUUUUCCUCUUCGGUUCCAUGAUUGACGCAGGAAAAGGUUACUACGUCGGCAGCGUCCUCCAUGGCAUCUACGGGAUUUCCGUCAAUGUUGCUGGUGCUGUUAUGAACGCAUACGUGGUUGACGCGUACAUAGGAAUGCACUGA